CCAUAAUUUUCCUACCUAUCAAAAGCAAUGGCCAAAUCCUUGUCAUUUGUUGUUACAAUUAUGUCUAUCAUGAUUCUCCUAACAAAUGGACAAAUCCAAUCACCUUGUACACCAUCAAUGAUAGGAACACUAACACCAUGUUUGAAUUUCCUUACAAAUAGCACUGCAAAUGGAGGUACUUCACCUACAGCCACUUGUUGCAAUCAGUUGAAAACUCUAAUGGGCUAUGGUAAAGAUUGUUUGUGCUUAAUAGUAACGGGAGGUGUUCCUUUUCAAAUUCCGAUAAAUCGAAUCUCAGCCAUUUCUCUCCCUCGAGUAUGUAACAUGCCCGGAGUCCCUAUUCAAUGUAAAGCCUCAGCAGCCCCAAUUCCAGCACCAGGUCCUAGUGCUUUUGUCCCAGCCAUGUCUCCAGAUCAAGAAUCUCCUUCUCUUAGUCCAGAAGCUUCGACGUCUGAUCCAACACAAAUUUCACCAUCUACAACGGAUCAGCCUGAGGUGGACACUCCUCCCACAUCGAGUCCAAGAGUUCGACCAGUUGCGAACCCUUCUGAUUCUGCAGCCAACCCUUCACACACUCGCACUCAUUAUUUUGUGAUGUCAACAUUUGUAGUUAUAAUUAUGCUUUUAAAGCCCUAA